GGCUAUAAAAUGCGGCCGGCGCCGGCGGCAAGCUGCGUGCGCUGGGAGCUGGUCGGGACGGAGAAGCCGGUUUGAACCAGCUCGAUACCUCGGAUGAAGAACUUGUGUUCUCUAUUUUCUGCACCAUGGAAUUUUAUUCAGCCCUUCUAAUUCUCCAGAGCCACAGGAACUCUAGAAAAGAGAUUCCCAUGCACACCGUAUAGCAGUAACUCUCUGGUUCUGAACAUAUCUUUGUUUAGUUUAUUUAAUUUUGUAACAUUAUUUAUUAUAAUAUUUUCAUACCUCAUAUUUUGUUUAUGUAUCAAAGUUGCAAAUUCCUGUUAAUUUGAAACCACUAAAUUAAUAACAUGGAAUCCACAAUUGAAUCAACAACGGCUCUGAUGGAUCUGCUAAUAGGAAGUAAGGCAUCUGGUCCCAUGGUAGCUUUCCUCUGGAUGCUGAUAUUGGGCUUCAUCAUUGCCUUUGUGUUGGCGUUUUCUGUGGGUGCCAAUGAUGUGGCAAACUCAUUUGGAACUGCAGUGGGGUCAGGUGUGGUGACUCUGCGGCAAGCAUGUAUCCUGGCAUCUAUCUUUGAAACGGUGGGCUCUGUUCUGCUGGGUGCUAAAGUGAGUGAGACCAUCCGGAAGGGGUUGAUUGAUGUGGAGAUGUACAACUCGACACAAGAGCUACUCAUGGCUGGCUCAAUCAGCGCUAUGUUUGGGUCAGCUGUGUGGCAGCUAGCAGCUUCAUUCUUGAGGCUUCCCAUUUCUGGUACCCAUUGUAUUGUUGGAGCGACAAUUGGCUUUUCGUUGGUGGCCAAAGGACAGAAAGGCGUCCAGUGGUCAGAGCUGCUUAAAAUUGUGUUGUCCUGGUUCAUCUCUCCCCUGCUUUCUGGCAUCAUGUCUGCUAUCCUGUUCUUCCUUGUCCGUAUGUUCAUUCUUCGUAAGGCAGAUCCAGUUCCAAAUGGGUUGCGAGCUUUGCCAAUCUUCUAUGCCUGUACCAUAGGGAUCAACCUCUUUUCCAUCAUGUACAGUGGUGCACCUUUGCUGGGCUUUGACAAACUUCCUAUCUGGGGUAUCCUUCUAAUUUCGGCGGGGAGUGCUGUUGUCUGUGCUCUCAUCGUCUGGUUCUUUGUGUGUCCAAGAAUGAAGAAGAAGAUAGAACGAGAGGUCAAGUCAAGUCCUUCUGAGAGCCCCUUGAUGGAGAAAAAAAACAGCCAGAAGGAAGACCAAGAUGAGUAUAAAGUGCCACUAGGCAACGGCGUGGGUGACAAGAGCUCUGUCACUGAUGUGUCUGCUGUGCAUCACAGGGCAGCUGUGGAGGAGAGAACAGUCUCCUUCAAUCUGGGAGGCGUGGAGGAAGCCGCAGAGCGGGAAAGGCUCCCUAGUGUUGACCUGAAGGAAACCAACAUUGAUAGUGGAGCUGUGCGGUUACCCAGUGGCAACCUUGUUCAGUUCAACCAAGCUGUCAGCAAUCAGAUCAAUUCCAAUGGCCACUACCAGUACCACACUGUACACAAGGAUUCGGGCCUGUACAAAGAGCUGCUGCACAAGCUUCACCUGGCCAAAGUGGGUGAUUGCAUGGGGGACUCUGGCGACAAGCCCCUGAGACGCAACAACAGCUACACAUCGUACACUAUGGCCAUCUGUGGCAUGCCGCUGGAUUCAUUCCGUGCCAAAGAGGGUGAGCCCAAGGGGGAGGAGAUGGAAAAGCUGACUUGGCCUGGAACAGACACUAAGAAGAGGAUCCGUAUGGACAGCUACACUAGCUACUGCAAUGCUGUGGCAGAUACCCACCCAGCUGCUGAUGUGGAUAUGGAUGUAGGCAAGGUGGAGAUAGGCAGUGGUGACAGGAAGUGCAGCACUGGUUCUCUGGAGGAGUGGCAUGACCAGGAUAGACCAGAAGUGUCCCUGCUCUUCCAGUUCCUGCAGAUUCUCACCGCCUGCUUUGGUUCCUUUGCUCAUGGUGGCAACGAUGUCAGCAAUGCCAUUGGCCCUCUAGUGGCUCUGUACCUGGUCUAUCAGACAGGUGACGUGGCUGCCAAAGUGGCAACUCCCAUCUGGCUGCUGCUGUAUGGAGGUGCUGGAAUCUGCAUUGGUCUGUGGGUCUGGGGGAGAAGAGUCAUUCAGACCAUGGGGAAGGAUCUGACUCCUAUCACACCAUCUAGUGGCUUCAGCAUUGAACUGGCAUCUGCUCUGACUGUGGUGAUUGCAUCAAAUGUUGGUCUUCCUAUCAGUACAACACACUGCAAAGUAGGCUCCGUGGUCUCAGUGGGCUGGCUCCGUUCCAGGAAGGCUGUGGACUGGCGUCUCUUCCGUAACAUCUUCCUGGCAUGGUUUGUCACUGUUCCGAUUUCUGGCCUCAUCAGUGCAGCUAUCAUGGCACUGUUCAAGUAUGCCAUCCUGGGAGUGUGAGACCAGCUCGAGUGAAAUCCAUAUCAUCUCACUGCUCUGAGCAACUGAAACAGUGCUAGGAUGACUCGCCUGGGGAGGAGAUGGGAAUAUUGCAUUUAUGCUGUAACUGCUUUCAGGCUAAGUGACUCAUCUCUAAAAUAGCUGCAAAAUAACCAGUGUCCCUGACCUCAGGUCAGUUUCCUGUUUGGGCUGUGAAUUACUGUACAUAUUUCUAUAUUCUUUUGUAUCAAGCUUACCUUCCAUUAUGUGUGUUUGUCACUGAGGUAUCCUUUUUUUUUAAAUUUGUUUUUCCUUGGCGCUAAAUCUUAGAACUGGCAGGCACAGUAAAUUCUGGUGUGACCAGCUUGGAGGGGUGACUAUUCCACUGACACAUUUGCUCCAGGUUAGCAGUAAUGGGCACUAUAGCCAGAGGCCACACUUAUUUUUUUAAAAAUAAAACUUUUAAACUAAACAUACCUAUUGGCUGACUCCCUGUGGAGCAAUACUUAUUACACACCAUUUCCUGACUAUCCCCCCUCCUCUGCAGCUCACAUGGUACCUGUGCAACAUGUUGCCACCUCCCCAAGAGCUAUGAAAGAUGCUGGGGGUGGUUCUUGCUAGGAAGCAUGUUGUAUGUCUAGCUUUGCUUCCAUUUCAGUACUUACAGGUGCGAACAAGAGAAACCUGCAGUACCCUGAUGCUCCGGUCUUGUGUUGUCUUUUCAUUUUGUGCAACUGCACCUGAAGCUCGGGCAGAGGAAUUUUUGUUUUGAAUCUAAGAUGGGCUAAACUCUUAAUAGGGUUGAUUUAAAUGUUGAGAUCAUGGACUGCUCCCACCCCCACUAGCCAAGAACUUAGCUCUCUCCAGUGACCCUGACACUACAGGACUCUGCUCCCCAUUGCUACCUCUAACUAAA